AAGCAUGCCCUCCCAUUUCUUUCUUUAUUCUUUCUCAUUCGACGACUAGGUGAUUUUUACAAAAGCAACCGCCCCAAAACACACACAAUUCCCUCCAUUCAACUUCACCAUUUCUUUCCUCCCGUACCCACCACUUUAUAUAUAUAUAUAUAUGUAUGUAUGUAUAGAUAUAUACAUAUGCAUAUCUCUCUCAUUCUUCAAAAGCCAUAGUAAUGGAUUGGUUCUCUUGGUUGUCCAAAGCAGGCCUUGAGCCUUCCCUCGUCUAUGAGUAUGGCCUUGCUUUUGCCAACAACGAGCUCGAACAAGAUGACAUACCUUACUUCAACCAUGAGUUUCUUCAAAGCAUGGGCAUAUCCAUAGCCAAACACAGGCUUGAGAUUCUCAAGCUUGCCAGGAAGGAGAAACCAUCCACACCAAAACCUAUUUCCAGGCUUCUUCUGGCCAUUAAGAGUUCAAAGAGGUGUCUAACCAGCUAUAUCAGAGCUUGGGUUCGUCGCGAAGAAUCAGCUCUUAUAGUUGUUCCAAAGGGUGUUGCGAGAACUGGUAGUUAUGGCAGCAGAUGGAAAGGAGCUAUGUUGAAGAGGAACAAGACACUGAUGGUGAACAAGCAAGGGAGAUUGUUGCUGACAAAUGGGAAUACUCCUUUGGUGGGUUUAGGGUCUAGAGUUAACAGCUUUUCAAGUCCUCUGAUUUAUGAUCAAAAAGAUCAGGAAAAGAUUGAUAAUGAUGAUCAUGGCUGCUACUGGUCAACUCCCAGCAUUGAGGAGAUCAAGUGGGAUACAAUGUUCCAGGAUUUGAAACCUACAUGAAGCAUGACUGUCUUGGCUCCGGCUUUCUUUAACCAAGGGGGCAGGAGUAUCAUUCAGCCGUAUUAAAAUUUGAUUUGACAGAUCAACUUUGUUUUCUCCACAACCAGGUGCAAUCUAAACAUAUUUACUGUAGUUUAAUUCUUUUUUUUUUUUUGUCAACAAUAUAAAUUUAGAAAUAAUUGCUGUUAACUUUGAUGGGAAAAUUAUACUCUUUGGGCAUUUUAUUUUGGAACUUUUGUUGAGAGAAAAGAGCUAUUUAAGAUUCUUGAUGGUUCAUAACAAGAACCUGAGAAGGAAAAAGAGAAAAUCAAAUGAAAAUCUCAUAAUGCUGGAGUUAUAACAUGGAUUUUAAACUCUAUGGAAAAGGAAAUUGAUCUCAAUUUACAGUAUUUUAAAACAGCACCUGAAAUUUGGAGACAUUUUGAAAUAAUAUGUUCCCAAAGUAAUCAGGCUAGGUGGUUCGAUUGAAUAUGAAAUUACUAUGUUCAAGAUGGUAAAAAUAUUCAAAAUUUAUUCUGGGUAUUGACUUUAUAGAAUGAAUAAGUUAUGAUAUCUGCUAGUCUUAGCGUUUCUUCCGAUGACAGGAUAACCUCUUCCCACUGCUUGUUAGAAGUUUGAAAACAAAGAAUAAUAUGCAGUGAUGGGGACAUAUAUUCCUAAAGGAGAAAGAAAGCAGGUUGAGGUAAAGCACUUGUUAAGUAUGAAAUAAACAUGAAGUCUGCAGCAUAGAAAAAGCACACCUUUCUUGUGUUGUAUGUAUGAGAAGUUUAGUUUACAGUCUUGAAUUUUUAUUGAUCUACAUAUGUUCAUUUAUUGAAUCUCGUCUGCCAUGGAAAUUA